GGGAGAAGCGAAGUGAGGGCAAACGCGACAGCGGAAGAGGGCAGCGGCUUCUUUGCCCCCUCGCGGGCAUGCGCAGGAUUCGCGCAGGCGCUCUCGGCCAGCACGGAGGCGGGCUUGCGAGGCGGAGUACCACUGUAUCCCCUUGGCUCGGCGUCUCCGAUGGCUGCCGCUUUCCUGGUGGCGCUCUACGAGUACUCGCCUCUCUUCUACAUCGCCGUCGUCUUCGUCUGCUUCUUGGUCACCAGCGGCCUGGUCAUGGGCUGGUUUGGGUGGGAUGUUCCUGUGAUUCUGAGAAAUUCAGACGAAACAGAAUCGAGUGUGAAAGUGUCCCAGAAACAGAUGCAGCAAGUGAAAAACCCAUUCAGCUUGGAAAUAAAAAACCCAGAAACUGCUUCAGCUGCAAAUGGCAUAACGCUGAUGCCUGAUUGUCUGGAAGACUGUCUCCUUACAUGCUAUUGGGGUUGCAGCGUGCAAAAGCUCCAUGAAGCGCUGCAGAAACAUGCCUAUUGCUUUCGGAUAAAAACUCCACAGGCUUUUGAGGAUGCACUGUAUAAUGAGUAUCUCUACCGCCAACAGUAUUGUAUAAAGACAACGGACAAAGAGGAGAAGCAUUGCCAGGUACCUGAAAAGGCGCAAAUAAUUGACUUUGGCCCAGUGCCUAGAUCUCGGUACCCGCUGGUUGUGCUGCUGACAUUGACUGAUGAAGGCAAUAGAGAAAUAUACGACAUUAUUUCUAUGGUAUCCGUAAUUCAUGUUCCUGAUGAUAGUUAUAGGCUUUCCUGCCGAAUACUGUAUCAGUAUCUCCUCAUGGCCCAAGGUCAAUUUCAUGAUCUAAAGCAACUCUUCAUGUCUGCCAACAGCAACGCCUCAUCUUUGAGUAGUCCCCCCGCAGUCGAGAGAACGGAGGACUGUGCCCUUCUCGAGAAAGUCAGACUGGCUGAGAACGACGAGGCGGAGACUCCGGACGAGAGCAACAAGGACUGCAUCGUCUGUCAGAACAGGGCCGUCAACUGGGUGCUCCUCCCUUGCAGGCACACCUGCCUGUGUGACGAAUGCGUGAAAUAUUUCCAACAGUGCCCAAUGUGCCGGCAGUUUGUUAGGGAGUCCUUUCCCCUGUGCGGCCAGAAAGAGUGAAAACCAAAAAAGAGGCAGGACCAGAGGGCUGCAAGAGUUUCAGCUGGGACUUCUGGAACAGUAUCUUCAGACCUUGCAUCCCCUUCCUCUUGAACUAUAGCUUUGGUGGGCAGUCGAUGGGCCACCUCUGAAGCAACGUUGGCACCUUUCCUCAGGAAUGGAUUGGAAGUGGCGCUGUUAAGCCUUGCGAUGCAGGCGCUCUGGUGCUGUCUUCCGGAGCAGUGGAAAAGCGUACGCCUUUUCGGCAGGGACAAAGUGUCGAACUCUACGAAGAAUAUCUUUACUCUUUAUCCUAAUGCAGUAUUUGGGGGUAUUUUCAUGAACUUUUUAUGAAGAGGUUUAUUUCAACAAACUGACGUGAGGAAAGGAGAAAUACCCCCCUGGGAGAAAUAAUUAAUAUUUAUAUAUGCUUUCAAAACUGGUUAAUAUGGUUUCACGUCUGCCUGAUAGCAGCUCUGCACUUUUAAGCUGUAGCGAGCGAACAGAGAAAGACAAAAGUAUACAGAGGACACGUUUGUUUGCAGUUCUUCAGUAGGUCCACGUACAUUUUGUGUAUUUGAUUUUCUUGGGACUGGUGGAAUCCGGGCAUUUAGACUCGGGAGUCACUUUUGGGAAUCUAAAGUGUUUGGGAACAUGCGAGAUCCUCAAAUGCACAGAUUUGUAAAUGCAAGUGUAGUCCCCAAUGUGAGUUACCCCACCUGGGAAGACAGUCUCUAAAAGGCAGUAAAUACAUAUUGAAAAUGCAA